UCACCUCUUGUAAACACACCACUGCACAUGUUUAUAUUAUGAUUUCAUUCCAUCAAAUAUAAACAAUUAUUAUUCCAAAUCUAUAAAUCAAUAAAUCAGUGCUAAAAUGGACACAAAAAGUUCCUCCUCACAACGCAAACAAAAUUUAGAGGCAUUACUAAGGUUAGCUGUGGAAAACACUGGAAAAAAUGACGAGGGAUCAACCACAAUCUCUUGUGAAACGGAUGCCAAGAGAAAUGAUUUCCUACAAGGUGCUCUACAAUCAAUAAAUGCCGACAGUAGUUUGCAAGACGCUUUGUUAAUUUUGAAAAGUGAAUCGACGAAUAUCCAACAAAAGCUGGAUAGUUUGAAUGUAAUUCGCGAUAAGAUUGACGAUAUUGAUCAUGCCAAUUCGUUGGUGAAAGUCGGAGGCAUUUCCAUAAUAUUGCAAUUGAUCAAAAUACCCGAUUAUAAUCUACGACCAAAUGCCAUUUGUAUUGUGGCCGAAAUGUCACAAAACAAUGAAUUCUGCCAAAAAUAUUUUUAUAACGAACAUUUAAUACCAGUACUUACCUCAACCAUGAAUGAUGGUGAUGACUUCCUGGGACGCAGCUCCAUAUUCGCAGUAUCAUCUUUGAUACAGAAUUUCUCACCCGGAUUGAAUGAAUUCCUGCGCAUAAACGGAAUACGUUCUUUAGUUUCCUGUCUAAACUCUAAACAUGAUUCAGUUUACAUAAGAGCUGCCUUUCUAAUAGCAUCCUUGGCAUCCAACAUAAGCGCAGUCAGAGAGCUUAUCUACAAAGAAAAUGCAGUUUCGAUUCUAUUAGGGAAUUUGGAGAAUAAAAACGAAUAUGAUAACAAACUGGAGUCCACCUUAAGCGCUCUUUCGGCGCUUUCAACAAAUUUUAACUGGAGCACCACUCAAAAACAGAAUGCCCAGGCUCAGACUAUUCUUAAGCAAUUAGUUGGUAACAAACAAUUAUUGGAAGAAUGUGAAGAGAUGGUUAACUUUGCGCGUAAUAUUUUGAACAAUAUGACAAAAAAAUAAAUCAAAUAAUUCAAUUGUGAAAAUAAAUAAAUAAAAUAAAUGCAAUUUAAAUA